UUUAUUUAUUUUAUAUGUAGCCAAUAUUUUUUAAAAUAUUUUUAAUAAUUUAAUGAAAAAAUAAUCUUUAAAGAGCAUGAAAUACACAAUAUUCAGUAAGAGCUUUCUUAAAAAUGUUUUAAUUGGAUCAUCAGGAACGGCAUUUACAUAUUUGGUUUAUAUAAAUGUAAAACCACAAUUUCAGAAUUUAUUCAUGCCAAAUACAUCAUGUGAUAGCAAAGUUUUAAUGGAUAAAGCAAGAAUCCCUCCUAUUCCACCUAGAAGAUAUCCAAGUAGGGAAGAUCAAUUAAAUUCUUUGCAGAAGGAAUCAUUUGAUAUAUUGAUUAUUGGAGGUGGAGCUACUGGUUGUGGUGUAGCACUUGAUGCAGUCACAAGAGGUUUUAAAACAGCCUUAGUGGAGUGUGACGAUUUUUCUGCUGGCACUUCCAGUAGAAGCACUAAAUUGAUCCAUGGUGGUGUCAGAUAUCUACAAAAAGCCAUCAUGCAUUUAGAUAUCGAUCAAUAUCGCAUGGUGAAAGAGGCUCUUAGCGAAAGAGCUAAUUUACUUAAAAUCGCGCCUCAUUUGUCGAACUCUUUACCGAUUAUGUUGCCCGUUUACAAAUGGUGGCAGCUACCAUACUUCUACGCCGGUAUAAAAAUGUACGACUGGGUGGCCGGGAGAGAAUGUUUGCAACCCUCUUAUAUAAUCGGUAAGCGAAGAGCUUUGUCGUUGUUCCCCAUGCUUAAAAAGGACGAACUUAAAGGAGCUAUAGUGUAUUACGACGGUCAGCACAACGACGCCCGCAUGAACUUAGCAAUAGCCUUAACCGCAGUUCGGUACGGAGCAACCGUAGCCAAUCACGUUACAGUUACGGAAAUAAUUAAAGCGCCGGAAGUGCAUUUCGAUUCCGGUAUUCAUGUUGCAACUGGAAAUCAAGUGAUUUCUGGGGUCAAGCUUAAGGAUAAUUUGACGGGCAAGGAAUGGGAAGUGAAGGCUAAAUGCGUGGUUAACGCCACUGGGCCUUUUACGGACUCCAUAAGACAAAUGGAUCAACCUGACAUCAAGCCUAUUUGCAGCCCGUCCUCAGGAGUCCACAUUGUUUUACCCGAUUAUUACAGUCCUGAAAAAAUGGGGCUAUUAGAUCCAGCCACAAGCGAUGGACGCGUCAUUUUUUUUCUCCCCUGGGAACAUAUGACUAUUGCAGGCACGACUGAUGUAAAAUGUAAGGUGACUCACAGCCCUAUCCCAACCGAAUCCGAGAUCGAGUUCAUCCUCAAGGAAGUCAGGAAUUAUUUAACACCGGAACUGCAAGUUAGGAGAGGAGACGUUACCUCUGCUUGGAGCGGAAUUCGGCCGCUUGUUAGCGAUCCCAACGAUCUCAAGAAUACCGAAAAUAUAGCUCGAAAUCACAUCAUUCAUGUUUCCCCUGCUAAACUCAUUACCAUAGCUGGCGGAAAAUGGACAACAUACCGAAGAAUGGCUGAAGAAACAGUCGACAUAGCCCUUAAAACAUUUCCCGAAUUCAAGAAUUUUGCCGGCCCAUGCAUAACCAGUGGUCUUCUCCUAGAUGGGGCUCACAAAUAUACCCCAACUCUGUUCAUUCAGUUAGUUCAAGAUUUCGGAAUUCAAACAGAGGUUGCUCGACAUUUGGCCGAUACAUAUGGGGACGCCGCUUUUUCCGUUCUCAGGCUCGCACAAGUUACAGGGCUCAAAUGGCCUGUCUUAGGUAAAAGAUUGCAUCAAGAAUUCCCUUACAUAGAGGCUGAGGUUAAAUACGCUUGCAAAGAAUACGCCUGUACCCUCGUAGACGUUAUCGCAAGACGUUCUCGCUUCGCUUUCCUCAAUGCUUCCGCCUGCGAACAUGCUUUGCCUUUCAUAGCGGAAUUGAUGGCGGGAGAAUUGGGUUGGAACAAAAAAAAGGUGGAGCUAGAGAUAGAAUCAGCCCGAAUAUUCUUAUUCGAACAGAUGGGUCUGAAGGCUUACAGCGAGGUGCUUGCCAAAAAAAUUCCCGUUGACUUUGAUCCGGCUCAAAUGACGGAAUUAACUCAAAAAUUUGCCGAUUUGAGCCAAGGCAAGCAAUAUAUAACGGUCAAGGAUCUAGGAACCUUUUUGAAAAAACAUGGCCAAACAGUCAGUUACGACCAAUUGCACGAAAUGCUUAGCGAGGUGGAUUUGAACAAGAAUGGUCAGAUCGAACUCAGCGAAUUUUUACAACUGAUGUACGGAUUGAAGACGGGAACUGUGUCUAGCAACAGGUUUGCCUUAGCCGCCCAAAUUAGUGCGCAUAACAUCAGUGUUGAUAGGAGUGGGGGCGGAGUUUAAACCGCCAUGUCAUGUAUAAAGAUUUAGCUAAAAUUGAGCAUAAUAAUUUUUUCAAAAUUUCUAUUUUUUUAUUUAAAAAAAUUUUCCUACUUAAGCUAUAUUUAUUUAUCAAUAUUUGCUCUUGAAAUAAUUUAUUUAAAAAAAACAGUUUAAACUGUCAUUUUGCUUGUAAAUUUACUUAAAACUGAAAUAUUGCUAAACUUUUCGCGCUCACCUUUUUGUGCUCUUUAUUUUCUUUCAUUUUUUUGGGCUUCACUUUUACUAAUUUAUUCUUUAAUAAUUGCGAAAAUGUUAUUUAUAUGUAAAAAGAGGAAGUUUAACAUUAGUUUUAAAUAACGGAAGAAUAUUUAUUCGGCUGUUAAUAUUUAA